GAGUGCCUGACCAGUACACCAAGCGGCCGCUGGUCCACGCGUGAUCGCUCUCGGCCAGACGCCGCCACCGCGUGGGAAGUCCGAAGUCCUCCCAUCUCCUCCCCCCACAACCACCUCCAGAGUCCAGAAGCCGCGUGGAGGUGGAGCCCUCGUUCAGAUCGGAGCCAGGCCGGUGGGGGAUGCCAUUCCGGCUCCGGUAAAAGCCACCGAAGCCGUCUUCCGCGCGCGAGGAGUAAUAGCGUUCCCCCUCCCUUCCCCUGACCGAGCAGCCAUGGCGGAGGACGGCGAGGAGAAGCUGCUUGCGACGGUGCAGCACAUCGUGCAGACGCUGGGCAGCAGCGAUACCAUGACGGAGGACAUUCUCAAGGUCUUCUCCAACUACGACGGCCGCCUCUCGCUCGAGAAGCUCUAUGCCGCGCGUGCCGCCGCCGCGUCUGGUGGCGGUGGCGGAGGAGGAGGAGGAGGGGAGCACUCGAUGCCGGCGUCGCCGCCACUGCCCCCGCCGCCUGCGGCGGCGGCGGUGUCGACCGCGGGGGCGAGGCCGCCGGUGACGUCCAUGGAGCGGACCGUGCGCACGCUGGACCGCCAGAUCUCGCAGUUCGUGGCCAUGGACAGGCUGAUUUGGGCAGACUCCGCGGACGCGGACGCGUUCCUGGAGGCGGUCGACGACCUCAUCGGCACCGUGCAGGAGCUGGACGCCGCGGGGACCAACCGCGCCCUGCUCGACCGCGCGGACGAGCUGCUCAGCCGCUGCAUGGCGCGGCUGGAGGACGAGUUCCGGGCGCUCAUAGAGCGGCCCGACGACGCGGCCCCCGUGGUGCCGGGCGGGUUCGGGUCGGACGGGAGCGACGACGACGAGGACUUCGGCGGCGGGGACGGCUACGGUGACGAACCAAUCCCGAUCGCCAAGCCGGUGACUGACUACGACGUCGUGAUCGAUGCUCUCUCGCCGGGGUCGAUUGCCAACGUGCGCCAGAUCGCGCGUCGGAUGGUGGACGCCGGGUUCGGCCGUGAGUGCGCUGAGGCCUACGCCGCUGCGCGCCGCAGUUUCGUCGAUGAGAGCGUUGCGCGCCUCGGUGUCCGCCCCCGUACCGCCGAGGAGGUACAUGGCUCACCCUGGGAGGAGCUCGAGUUCGACAUCGCCCGCUGGAUCCCGGCCUGCAAGAUGGUGUUCCGCAUCCUGAUUCCCAGCGAGCGCCGCCUCUGUGACCGCGUGUUCGAUGGCCUCGCCCCCUUCGGAGACCUUGCCUUCAUCGCUGCCGUGCGCACCCAGGCGCUGCAGCUCAUAUCGUUCGGUGACGCUAUCUCUACCUCCAGCCGCGCGCCAGAGCGCCUCUUCCGUGUCGUAGACAUGUACGAGGCUGUCCGUGAUCUCCUCCCUGACCUUGACCCUGUGUUCUCCGACCCUUACUCCGCUGCACUCCGUGCGGAGAUCUCGGCGGUGUGCAACACACUUGGGUCCUCAAUCAAAGGUAUAUUCAUGGAAUUGGAAAAUCUCAUCCGCCGUGACCCUGCCCGAGUUGCUGCCCCUGGUGGUGGCAUACACCCCAUCACUCGCUAUGUCAUGAACUAUCUCCGGGCGGCUUGUGGGUCACGGCAGACAUUGGAAGAGGUUAUGGAAGGUGACUUUGGUUCUAAUGGAGGUGCGCCUGUGGCUGUUGACCCUGACCGCCCCACCUCAUCACUCGCCGUGCAUGUCGCAUGGAUCAUGGACGUUCUUCACAAGAAUUUGGAUACAAAGUCCAAGAUCUACCGCGAUCCAUCACUUGCUUGCGUCUUCUUGAUGAACAAUGGCAAGUACAUCAUCCAGAAGGUCAAUGACAGCGAGUUAGGUGUUUUACUAGGUGAUGAGUGGAUCAAGCAGAUGACAACUAGAGUUCGCCGCUGGAGUAUGGAUUACCAGCGGGCAACAUGGGGCAAGGUUAUGACUGUGCUUCAAACUGGUGGUCCAGGCAUUGGUGGUCUCCCGGUCAAGGCGAUGCUGCAGAAACUGCGUAUGUUUAAUACGUACUUUGAGGAGAUUUAUGCAGCACAGUCAGAAUGGGUGAUAGCAGAUGAACAACUAAGGGUGGAUAUCAGGGCAGCAGUGGAGGAUUCAGUGAUGCCAGUUUAUGCAGGUUUAAUUGCUAAGCUGAAGUCAUCUCCCGAAACAGGGCGUGACUUGUACAUCAAGUACACUCCAGAAGAUGUUGUGGCACAUAUCCAACACUUGUUUGAAGGAACACCAAAGUGAUAAGUUAAUUGGCACCCCGUUCUGCUGCAUUUUCUGCUCUUUAUAAUAUGUGAAGCUGCUAUCAUGGAUUGUGAAUUCGUGGCCAACAUCUGGCACUCACAUAUGAUGACGCUGUUGGCUCAACUUGCAACUGUGCAUUCAUUGUUUUGUGUUCUCCAUGUUGAAAUUAUGGAGUUCGGCAAAUGUUGUAUAUGUGUGUGGGUGUGUCUGUAUCAAUCAGUAAGGUGAUUAUUUUGUAACAAUAUUAGGGCUUCAUUUCUGUUUCAAGCACUACUUUAGUUUAACCCCAUUAAGUGUUUAUGUGUGGAUUUCAAUAUUUAUUUCAAUAAGUUCAUACUCAA